AAACAUGUGAAUUGUUAUUACCAAAAUAUUUUCCUCUUUUUUUUUUUUUUUUUUUUUUUUUAACGGGAAAGCAAACUGGAAUUAUUAACUAAAAAAUAAUUAAACUCAAGAUUGGUACGUGGUAAAUAGUCUAGCCAUUCGCGAAAAUAUGGAAUUUGACGUGACGUCAUCGUGACGUCAUGCAAAUCCCACACCAAGUUGGAACAUAACGGAAGUAGUGAUGUUUCGCUUUCUUUGGAGUCCAGGGUGAAAUAAUUACAGUUGAUCUAUGUAAUGACUAAGGCGAUCCUGGGGCCACUUGCUUUGGCAUUUGGUCUCAUGUUGAUUUGCUGUGUAGAAAGAACAGACGGGCGUGUCUCUCUCCAAGAUGCAAAGGCCCUGUGGAGGCACAUGGUGGAUGGAUUAUUUUUUGUGUCACCAAAAGAUAGAAAAGCGUUUAUAAAUCAAUGUCUGAAAAAGACGUUUUGUGGCCCACAAUUGUUUGACGGCAAACUUGCUGUGUUUCACUGGAGACAUGGUGGCAUUAACAAGGUGCAGAAGCUUCGGUUCUGGAGUAUCUACAACUGUGUGUACCGACGGAGCCUCUAUAAAUGUCCAGUUGAUGGUGCGUGGAGCGUGUGGUCGAGGUGGACAACCUGCGGUGUGGAGUGUGGUGAGACGGGCGUCAAAACACGGAGCAGACUGUGCAAUAAUCCCAUAGUCAAACACAACGGGCUGCCGUGUCGAGGCCUGAAAGUAAUGUCAACACAUUGUGUGGGCAGAUGUGAUGCUACUCAUGUAGAUGGGAUGCAAGAAGCACAGGAAUAUUUGAGCAAGAUUCAUUCUAACUUGCCCAAUCUUCACGUGGAAUGUAUUAAACACCACUGUAACUUUGAACGAGUUUCACAGCUCCUCGAUGUUGGCAGACGGCAAAAGUACUGGUCCAGCCUGCUGUGUGUUAAAUAUUUCAGAGCUUGUCCAGUUGAUGGUGGCUGGGGUAAGUGGUCGGAGUGGACACAGUGCAGUAAGAAAUGUGGCUAUGGUCGACGCGAACGUGAGCGACUCUGUAACAACCCUUCUCCUGUACACGGUGGUGUCGUUUGUGACGGAAGACACUUUGAGUCGGAGUCGUGUUUCGGUUCUGACUGCAAGAAUCCAAAGUACGACAAUGUAUUGAUGAGUGAGUGGUCUGAUUUUACUCCAUGCUCCAUCACGUGUGGGGCGUACGGGCAGCAGGAGUCUGUUAAGAUGUGUUUGAGACCUAACCAGUGCACGGACGAACACGGGAAUCCCAUAGAGAGACUAGUCAUUGACAAGCCUUGUUAUCAGGGACCCUGCCCUCGAACUGGUGGCUGGUCCAAAUGGUCUCAGUGGACUCCAUGCAGCGCAAACUGUGGUCAGGGCAGAAGAACUCAGAUACGCAUGUGUAUAAACCCACUUCCCAGUGGUGGACUUGACUGCCUGGGACUUAGCAUCAAAACUGGGAUGUGUACUGGAGUUAAAUGUGAAAAGACUGCUGAAACAGAUAUUGAUGUAAAUUCUACAGGACCUGAAGUUAACGAGAUUGUCGAACCAGCGAGUGGAGAUCCGUUUUUCGAGCCUCUGGACCUCGCCAUGGAGAGUCAGUUUACCUUGUGGUUGCCAUGGACAUCGUGCAGCCAGACGUGCGGCGGAGGUCACAGGUCAAGACGGAGAACCUGCCGUGACCCCUCAACAGUCUGCAUAGGAGAGGUCAAACAGGAUCAGUUCUGUGACCUUGAACCGUGCCCAGUGACUGGUGGGUGGAGCAACUGGCUGUCAUGGUCUCCGUGUGCCGAAACAUGCGGUCCCAGUCACCGGGUGCGCUAUCGACAGUGUGACGAGCCCCUCCCAGCAUAUGGCGGGGCAUGCUUCGGGGAUGACAGUGAACAAGAGCCAUGCAACCUGAGAAAAUGCAAAGGAGGUGAGAGAACGCCAUCGGAUUGGAGCGAGUGGUCAGAGUGUAGUACAACAUGUGGUGAUGGUAUCAGAACAAGAACCAGUGCCACACACAACACAGUGGUCAAAGAUAUGUGUAAUAUAGAUCCCUGCCCAGUGCAGGGUGCUUGGUCAAACUGGGGUGAGUGGUCAGCAUGCACAGUGACCUGUGGCCUUGGACAGCAUUUCCGAGACCGGGCUUGCAGCGACCCCUCUCCGGUCUAUGGUGGAGCUGAGUGUAUUGGGACAGGCACCGACAUCCUUCACUGCUAUGAGGGGCCAUGUAGAGAUGCUGACGACAAGGGUUUAGCAUUCACCAGCGGCAGCUCGAUGUUCUACAAAUACUUCAUAAAGCCAACCAGAUUCCUUCUGCUGUACGUGCGGCUCAUGCUGCUUUCAUCCAGCGGCAUACUGGUGGAGCGGCAUAGUGGCUGUGCGGAGGAGACUGGGUGCCAACAUCACAUUGUACUGAGUUUUGAGAACGGCUUUCCAACACUGACGGUUAAAGAUGGGAAAUCUUCUUUAAAGGUUGUGGGAAAUCUGACGCUUGAGGUGGAGACUUGGAAUGACCUGCAGGUCGGCAUCACGUCCCAGAAUGCCUACAUCCGGGUGAACGAUGGCCGCCAUGUGCUGGUGGAGUAUGACGAACCGCCCGAUUAUGACAUCGACUUUGAUGCUGAUAUGUUCAUUGGAACCAGUGCAAACAAUUCUAUAGGCUUUCAUGGGGUUAUAUCUGAACUGAGACAGAACUACAGACCACUGAAUUUGAUUCGAUCGACGGACUGGGUGGGGCCGGGAUCUCCAUCUAAACAGAAGUCAGUUGUAGAAACAGACCUUGAGCCAGAAAUCAGCCAUUCUGAAUUCAGAGGGCGGUUCUACGCAAAACUUUAUUUUGAGCAUACACAAGUACUGCAGAUACAGCUGAUAAUGCAGCUAUACGCCCUGGAUGGCCUCAUCCUCUACAAUGAAGGCCAGGUGCCGGGGUCCUACGUCGCCAUGUUCGUGGAAAAGGGAGCCGCUAAAAUGUGUUUGAACUGCGGUAUAGAGACAGAGUGUCAAGAAAGUGUCGAUUUGCAACUGAAGCGGUGGUACUACAUCACCCUGGAAGUCUACGGAUUGGAAGCCGAGCUGCGUAUCGACCGACACCCGGCCAUACAGAUAACCGGUGUGGGCAAGAAAUACUUUCCUGACGGAGAACUGUUCCUGGGGAAGCCGGAGCCUGCUGAGUGGCUCAUCAUCGAGAUGGCGACGGGCGUAAAGAAGGGAUUCAGUGGAAUAGUCAACGUGCUGGUCGUCAACGGCCAGAGGUACUCAUUCAAGAGGGCCGCUCUCAUAGAUUCAGACGGCUUCAUGAACUCCAUGGGAUACACAAUGUCAGCCCACCUGGAUGAGAUUCUGGAACAUGCAGAAGACAUUGUGUACCUGAAGUGUGAUUUUACCGACUUCGGCAGUAAGAAUGCCUACGCAGAAUGGCUGAAGUCAGACAGACUGCUGAAGGCAGAUCUUGGGACCAUCAUCAUUCCAAAGUUGCCUGGACGUCGAAAUGAAAGUGCAAUCCACCUGUUGCCAGGGAAACACACGCAAGGAAUGUACUCUUGUGCUGUCAACAAGAAUGGGCGUAUCAUCAUGACCCAUGCAUUUUCACUCUGGAGACACAGUGUUAGCUUGACUAUCCUGAAUGACCUAGAUGAAAUUGAUGUGGGCAUCAUAAUAGUUUCUGGUAUACUGGUCAUCGCAAUUAUAGCAGGCAUCAUAAGAAUUAUUGUGGUUCGGAGAAGGUCUUUUGCCCUUGCCAGGGAGACCGCUAGGAAAUCAUCAAUUGUCAGUGGGGCUUCCGUGGAGAAGAUCCGUAGACCGUCCGUCAGUUUCCACGACAAGCCUUCGAGUUAUGUCCAAGACAACAUCGCUGCCAACGCGAGUGUGUUCGGAGAAGACUACCUCGAGGGUAGUCGGUUUGUCAUCAUCGACGGCGUGCCUGUCAUGAUUGAUGAUGAUGAUGAUACGGUAACCACUGCUACUACUGCCGAGUCGGGAAGUACUGCUGAGUCGAGAACUACUGGUGAGUCGGGUACUACUGUUGAGUCAACAGAAGAUGAGGGUGAGGAUGAAACUGAAAAUGAUGAUCAAACUGAAGAUGAUAAUGAUGAUGAUGAUGAAACAGAAGAAGAAGAUCCAGUGGCCGAGGUGGAGCAAGCUCUCCAGGCUGAGUCGGCGGCCAAGUUGAUUCAGGAUAACAAGGAGAAGGUCUUCGACAUCAUCCAGUCAAUCUCAAACAUGGCCGACAGCCACAACAGAAUGUCUCCUUCUCGCCGUGCCUCCAGUGCCUCUCCCACACGUGCACCUACUACACGUGCCUCUAGUGCCUCUCCCACACGUGCCUCUCCCACACGUGCCUCUAGUGUAUCUCCCAUACGUGCAUCUCCCACACGUGCCUCUAGUGUAUCUCCCAUACGUGCCUCUAGUGUAUCUCCCACACGUGCCUCUAGUGCAUCUCCCACCCGUAAACUGUCGUCCACAAUAACACCACAACCAGGCUGUCACAGGAGGCUGUCUGUUGUCUCCAUGUCGCCUCCGCAGAACCCUGCAAUAGCUGAACCACGGUAUUCUUUGCACAAUGUCAGCUCAGCCUCCAGACGUCCAUCCAGAAUAGCACAGUCAGGAUCUGUGUAUCAAGCUCACCAGCAGAGACCUUCAUUUCAAGGAUCCCCGCCAGGACCGUCAUAUCAAGGAACCCAACUAGGACCGUCAUAUCAAGGAUCCCAACUUGGACCAUCAUAUCAAGGACUCCAGCAGAGACCUUCAUUUCAAGGAUCCCCGACAGGACAUUCAUAUCAAGGACCCCAGACAGGACAUUCAUAUCAAGGACCCCAGACAGGACAUUCAUAUCAAGGACCACAGGCAGGACAUUUAAAUCAAGGUCCCCAGGCAGGACAUUUAUAUCAGGGACCCCAGACAGGACAUUCAUAUCAAGGACCCCAGGCAGGACAUUUAUAUCAAGGACCCCAGGCAGAACAUUUAUAUCAAGGACCCCAGGCAGGACAUUCAUAUCAAGAAUCCCAGGCAGGACAAUUGUAUCAAGGACCCCAGGCAGAACAUUCAUAUAAAGGACCCCAGUCAGGAUAUUUAUAUCAAGGACCCCAGGUAGGACAUUCAUAUCAAGGACCCCAGGCAGAACAUUCAUAUCAAGGACCCCAGUCAGGAUAUUUACAUCAAGGACCCCAGGUAGGAGAUUCAUAUCAAGGACCCCAGUCAGGACAUUCAUACCAGGGACCCCAGUCAGGACAUUCAUACCAAGGAAGACCCAGAUGACCCAAACAUUCAGCAGGAUGACUACCUGCAGAAACCCACUGAAAACCACCAAGAGGAGAUCCUCCAGAAGGUCAUUCAAGGACAUCUUGUCCUAGAUUUGCCACCAGGCCAUCUCAUGUCUGACAGAUUUUGAGGAAGCUCUAAUCAGCCACCUAGCCACAAAUGUCCUUAAUUAUUUAAUCUUUGUUUUUGUAAAGUAGAUUUUUAAGAGGUGUGGGGUUUUGAUGGAAUUUUGAGAGGUUUACUUCUUUGUUUUUUAAAUAAUUAAGUUGGUGUAAAACAUUUAGAACUAUUCCUGAGGAUGCUGGAAGUUAUUUUAUUUCAACACCUAGCACUCAAAUUUUUUUUAAUCUGCAGCCAUCAUUUUUAAUUUAACGCCUACAAUGCAUGCUAUGAAAAUUGAGCAUCUAUAAACUGACAUAAAUUUUCAAACAAUUAUUCACAGAAAAAAUAUGUAGUUAAUUUUGAAGUUAAAUCUGUUAUAAAGGGCAUCUUGUGUUACAACCACCCUAUUUUUAAAUGGCAUUUUAGCCAUGUCUUUUUCAACUACAUAAGAUGAUGGCAAGCGCAUGUGCUGGAAAUUAUGCAGGGGGGUUCAAGACUGGCAAGCAAAGUUUCUACGGGGUAGGGGAUUGUGUCAUGCUUCCGCGGCAAAUUCAUUAAGAAAAAAAUAAAAUGUGCUUGGAGAGAGCAGGGGUGGGUUUUGACCCCCAACCACCUACCUUCCUGUACAGGCACCCAGAUGGCCACAUUUGCAAUUUCAAAGCUUGCCAAAAUGGAGAUGUUGCAAGUUGUUGAUCCACCUUGAGAUUUUCACCAUCACCUGGUUUGUAAUACAUUAGUAAGUCAAAAUAUAUAAAACAGAGUGGUGCUCAGCUUAAAAUAAGUAAGGGCAGUAAACAAAAAUCAAAAACAAAAAAAGAAUCGGAGCAGUCAUAUAGGCUCUUCUCCAGCAAGACAAAAAUUACUUUUUAAACUAAAAAGGGCACUUUUUAAAACAUUUCUGUCCCUCUUUACAGCUACAGUAUGUAAAACGAUCAAUAAUAUCGAGAAAAAAAACUCAAACUCAUAUUGACUUUUUGACAGCACAUCUAAACAUACAUGUUAAACAAUUAUUUCAAAUACCCUGCUCAUAAUUACUGACUUUUUGAUGGCUCAUCUGAAUUGUAUCCAAAUUACAUAUAUCAGGUCAGGUCAGGUCAAAGGGCUUAAUGUGCACAUUCAGAGCAAGCUGUUGUAGUGGACGCCUGUCAUGGGCACGGUGUCGACUUAUGUCGGUCCCUCUGUCCAGGAUAGGAAAGGGUUUGCAGUGGGUGGGAGGAGGGACCGCCCACGCUGACAAGAUCAAGAGACUACAAGCAGCCUGACCAAGGUCGGUAGCAGGCGGGGACAUUUGUGGUGUUAUUCAACUUUGAAUGUCCUGUAGGAUUAAGUCCAAAAUAUUAAAGAGCUGCACAGUUUUCCUGAGGUAAUUUGGUGCAUGAUUUGGAACGGUUCAUUGAAAGUAAUUGAAGGAGCUAUUUGAGUGAUUUUGACUAAAGUUGGCCAAAUUAUAACUCUUAUUGGAACCUUGCCUAUUGGGGGCUAUUGUCAUUCUCCCAUGGUUGCCCCCUAUUUUAGCUUCAUCGAUUACAUAUAUCAAUCAGUAAUGCCAUUCAUUUAUAACAGUUCACUAAUAGCUUAAGCAGGUUGUUCCAUGGACCUUGGAAAGGUAAGCCCAGGACAGGGGUGCUUGAAUCUGAUGAAUGGAUCAAAGCACAUGUCAAGUGAUGGCCAGAGGGGCACCACCAAUUUGAUGGGUUAUGCUUCAUUGUCAGUUUUUGCCCAAUUUUAUUAUGAAUGUCUAUUUUCCAGAAGCACUGGAAGGGAGGAGUGCGACCAAGAUUCCACUAAACCCCCCACCUCAUAUUUAAUGUCUUUUCCUUGGGUUUUUUAGAUGGACCAUUUUAUAUAAAGGUUUUCUUUUUAUCCUUCCAGAAUUUAACAACUAAACAAUGAUUCAAACUUGUGUAAUUUAGUACAAAUGUAAUUACUCCUCUAGGCCCAGUGCUGUAUAUAUAUAUAUAUAUAUAUAUAUAUAUAUAUAUAUAUAUAUAAUGUCUUUACAAUCAUUAGACAUUUUUAAAUGAAAUGCAAUACAUAGUUUUUUCGGAUGGAAUAAAAAAAGAAGACCACUAUAUGAAAUAUUCCAAAUGGAUUAAGAAACUAUUGAAGUGGGUAUAAUUUCUAUAGCUCUAAACUGAAUUGAUUAUCUAGAAGAGUCUUUAUUUAAGAGUAAUUAAACAUAUGUGCAUAGUCCGUAAUAAUGAUACAAUAUUUUUUGACAGUUGUUUUUUGUGCUUGCCAAGUUUUGUAUAGUCUACAUGUUUAUGUGCAUGCUUUGUAAUAAUAUAUUAAUAUUACUUUUAUAGACUUAAUAAAUAAUUGAAUAAGGACUUGUUUUAGAUGGACAUUCAUUUACCUGACAAUUAUAUUAUAUUAUACCAUAUUUGGCAUUUUAUACCAACAGUGGGUUCAUAGAAAUGUACAUAUUGUGAAUUGCUUUGUCUGCCAUACAAAAAUAAGACUGUGAAACAAUUUGCACAUUGUUUUAUGAGCCAUAUCUUUUACAAUGUCAUGCUUAACAAAAUGUUUUGCUUUCUUUAGUAAUGUGCAUUGAAAUAAUUUACAAUGGUAAAGAGAUCCACAAGAUCCAUAUAUGGCUUAAAAACAAUAGAGUUCUUCUAUUCUUUCUCCUGUGAUCAUUCCAUGGGGGGAGAGGGAUAAAACUCUUUGUACAGAAAGAGAAAUUGAAUAUAUUAUUAUCCAGUCUUUUUUGGUAAUUUUUGUUUAAAGGGAAAUCUUACUAUUGCAUGUGGUAGAAUCGUUAAUUAGUAGAACGACAGUGGCGUGACAUCAAGUAUAGGUCUAUAGUACUGAAACAUAUACACAUUGACAUAACAAAUUACCGUCCAUUUUUUAGGCAAUUAUAGCCAUAGUAUGGUUUCAGUUUCCAAAACAUGUUUUUUAUAUAUUAUUUUUGUAAAAGUCAGCAUAGGAAAAAAAGGAAAACAAUUUUAGGAAUUUAUGAAUAUUUACCUAUGUACAGAAAAUUUCAAGUCUUGACUGUGGAAAAGUUUCAUCAGUAACAGUACAUUUUUAACAUCUCAUAUUGAUUUUCUCACCCAGCAUUACUAUCUGUGCAAACAUUAUAAAGCUGUAAUGACUUUUAGAUACCUGUAUAUAAUUGUAAAGUAAAUAGUACAUUUUUAAAAAGGGUUUUAGCUCCAGUGUAUUUUGAACUCAGUUUUAGUACUGAAGAUAUGUACUUGUGUGUCUGCUGCAUUUCAUUUUAAGCAAUAUAACUAAUUUUCUCUUUGUUGCAUUAUAGAAAAGGUUAAACUUUGAAAUUGUUGGGGGGCUUUUUUUUGGGGGGGGGGGGGGGGGGGGGGGGUUUAAAUAAAGUUUAUUAACCCUAGAAAUAAAUUUGGUAGUGUCAGGGUUAAACUUUGUAUGGUUAAUGGAUAUAAACCAUGAAUAAUUUGACUAGACACAGAAAAAAAAAAGAACGUACAUGUGUACAUCAUAGUGAUUCAUACACCAAUUCAUUUUAUGGCUCGUAGAUCAAAAUUUUGUCUGUUGACCCAUAAUUUUAUUUUGGAUAUUCCAGUAAUACAUGUUUAAGGAUAUAUUUAUAAUAUGUGAAAAUUUCAAGAAAUUGUAAUGAUCAAAUAGUAAGAUUUCCCUUUGAAGGAUUAUUUACCACUUAUGUUACAUUUAUGAACAUCUUUAUUAGAUGUGUGUUUGUGAGAAGAUUUUUAUCAUUGUUCUGAAAAGAUGCUUGAUAGGUUGUGAUAGACUGAUAAUAAAUCAUGAUUCUAUGUUGAA